GAGGAGCCCUCCUGGAGGCCAACGGGGGGGGAGAGCCAAAGUUCGAUCCUCGAACGCGACGCCGGGACCUCUGGGCUUGUCCAAAUGGCGUGCCGAAGGGCCCGGCGCCCGCUCGCCCUCGCCGCGGCUGCCUGGGCCUGCUGGGGGCUGUGCGUGGCCGCGCCGGGGGCGCUGGAGCGGUACCCGCCCAGCGCCUCAGCGGUGGAGUCCCUCGUGGACCACUUCGACCCGGCGGACGUCACGAGCGGCGAACGUGUCCCCAGACAUAUGCUCGCGUCGUGACAGAAUCUGGACGACCGCACCUUCACCCAGCGCGUGUUGUCCUACGACGCGUGGUGGGCGCCAGGCGGGCCGAUCUUGUUGUACCUCGGCAGUGAGGGGCCGAUCCCGACCUUCUACAACAACACGGGCGCCAUGUUCGAGCACGCUCGGGCGCUGCGGGCCAUGGUGGUCUUCGUGGAGCACCGCUACUACGGCGCCUCGGUGCCAGCUGGCGGUGCGGACCUGCGGUGGCUGACCAUCGAGCAGGCGAUGGCCGACUACGCCGUGUUCGUCGCCGGCCUCCGGCGGAGGCUCUCCUGCGGGCCCGGGGAAUGCCCGGUGGUAACAUUCGGGGGCAGCUACGGCGGAAUGCUCGUCGUGUGGUUCCGGCAGAAGUACCCCCAGCUGACCGUCGGCGGCGUGGGCGGCGGGGCCGUCAUCGACUUCUACCCGCACGACCAGCGCCGGGAGGCCUUCUGGAACGCCACGCUGCACACCUUCGGCAGCUUUGGCACAGCGGGCUGCGCCGGGCGCGUGGAGGCGUCGCUCGCCACAGUGGCAGAGUUUGCCAAGUCGGAGAGGGGCCGCAGCGCUCUCGAGCACGCAUUGGGGUCGUGCCAACCGCUGGCCAACGAGACCACGGCUGGGGAGAAGGUGGACUUUUACCUGCGCGGGGUGGCGGCGUCGCUUGCGAUGCUGGAUUACCCGGAGGCGUGCGACUUCGUGACGCCGCUGCCGGCCAACCCAGUGGCGGCGGCCUGCAGGAUCCUGGACGAGGCGGCGGCGGACGCCCUUGCCGGCUGGCGGGGGGUCCUCGACUUCUACGCGAACGCCACCGGCGGCUCUCGCUGCUACGACUUCCUCGCAGAGGUGGUGGGCCGACCGACGCGGGGCACGCUGGUGGGCCCCCGGGCGCCGCCCGACAUGGGCAACUGGCAGUACCAGGCCUGCACCCAGCUGCCGAUGCAGGUGCUCAGUUCUGACGGCCUCGGCUUCUUCCCACCCUCCGACGGCCAGCUGGCGGCCGUGGCCGCCUCCUGCGGGCUCCGCUACGGCGUCGCGCCGCGCCCGGAGUGGCUGCCCCUGAGCCUCGGGGGCUCUGACCUCCGCGUGGGUGGCCUCUUCCUUACCGACGGCGAGAAGGACCCCUGGCGCACGGGCUCCGUGCGCGUGGAGCGGCUGCGCCCCGGCGUGGACGUCCAGCACCACGACCUGCGCUUCGACGCCGCCCGCCCGCGGCCAGAGGUCUCGCGCGCCAAGCGCAUGGCGCGAGAUGCCAUGCGCCGCUGGAUCGCCUCGGCGGCGGCCAGCGCCGGGGCCUUCCGCCUGUGCAUGCCGUGGGGGCUGGACGCCUUGGCACGCGACCUGACGCAGGCCGCCACCACAGCGCUGGUGGUGCGGUCAGGCGUCCCGUCGUGCCCCGACUGUGUCUGCUCUCCCGCGCUGACGUGCCCGCCGCUGACCUGCACCUGCCCUGGGGGCGAGGGGUAUCUCAACCCCACUGCCGCGGAGGGGUACUCGGCGGCAGCGCUGGCGGUGGUCGCCAGCACCUGCCUCCUCCUGGGGGCCGCCGCAGGCGCCGCGGGCGCUCUCUGGGCGUUGCACCCCCGGCCGGCACCGGGCGCCAGCGCGCCGUGCCCGGUGGCGGCGCCUGGGACGCCCGCCACGGCGCUGGCGGUGCCAGCUGAGGCGGAGGCGCUGGAGGACGUGCAGGCGGUGGCCGCGGCGCAGGUACACCACGAGCGGGAGAUCCUCUACGGGAGUGGCUACGUGCUGACGCCAGACAUGGACGACUACGGAGAAGGGCUGACGCCGGACGUGGACAUCCACAGCGUGCGGCCGAUCGCGGGGCAGGGCGGCCGCGCCGGCGGGAUCGUGGAGGCUCGGACGUAUCGCUUCCGCCGCCUGCCGUCGCUGGCGGAGCUGUGGGCUGCGCUGCGGAGGGGAGCGGCCGCGGGGUUCGGCGUGCUCCCGGACUCGCAUUUCAUGCUCGAGCUCUCGGCCGCGAGCUGCGAGGGGCAUCCUGCCGGGCCGCUGGGGGUCGCGGACCCAGUCGCGGCCCUGGCCCCUGCGGUGGCCAUCGCGGGUCCAGCGGCGGCGCCAGCUGAGGCGGUGCCUGCUGCGGUGGUCGGACCGCCAGUGGCCGCCGCGGCCGUCGGCCCGGCCGCGCCGGGGGAGGCCGUGGCGGCUGCCCCUGGGCGUGCGCCAGCGGUGCCUGACGGCGCCCCCGUCCCGCCGCUGCCCUCUGGGGCUGCGCCGCCAGGCUGGGUGUGGGUGGUCGCGGAGGACGUCGACGGGCUCGUGGCGUUCGGCGCGGAGCUACAGGUGGGUGUCGCCGGGGGAGUGCAGCUGGUCUGGCGGUCCUGGCGCCGAGGCGGCUUCGCGCUCCCCGCUGGAGGCUCCGCUUUCGGGGUCCUGCUGCAGCAGAGCGAGGUGGCGUACUUCAGGCAGGAGUUCCGAGGCAACGACGCGAGGACGCUAGAGGUGCCCGCGGCGUCUGCGGCGUCAAGCGGGCCGGCACGUGACUGGCGCGAGGUGGUCCAGCUGUGCCACCAGGAGCCGGUGGCCGACUUCGCGGUGCCAGGGCCGCGGACAGCCGCAUGGUGUGCAAAGUACCAGGUGAAGGAAGGUGGUCCGGCGCUCCAUCAUGAUAUGUGGAAAAGCCGCAGGAAGCUCACCUCGACGGACUUCGGCGUCGACAUGCACGACACGCUCUCGCGCAUGAUUGAGGCCAUGGGCGUGUCGGACCACCUGGACGUCUUCAACUUGGCGAGCGCCGAGAUCGGAUAUCGCAAGCUCCAGUUGAUUGAGCAUUACGGGGACGACCGCAGUGCCGAGCAGCAGCAGAACAACAGCAAUAUCCCCUUGGAGGAGAGCCAGGCCUUCAUGGGCGGGGCGCGUGCGCCUUCGAUGGUGUGCCCCGAGCUGCUCGACACCGUGUCGAAGGGCGAGCUUCUCACCGAGCUCGUCGUCGCGCUCAACCAGCUGGAUGCCGGCUCAGACCUCGUUCGCAGGCAGUGUGAGGGCGAGCCCAGCAGGAUGCAGCAGCUAUGCCUGGAGCGCCUCGCCGAAAGCUGCGCGGCGAUGGGCGCUCCGCCUUCUGAUUUGUCGUCCGAGGUGGCCCUCCGGGAGCUCCAGGUCGGCACCGCCUACGGGGGCUGCGACCCCGUCUCGGCGGCCCCCUUCGUGCACGACCUCGUCUCCUUGCCGGCUGUCGGUGGCGCCCCGGUGCCGCUGGACCAGCUGCCCGGGAAAGACGGUCCAGACAUCGUGCGGAGGUUAAUUUCUUCCAAGGUUUUAUCAAAUCAUGAUGCCGCUGAGGCAAAGAAGGACUCGGGUUUUGUGCGGCCGUGCCUGGAUCCAGUUCUCCGUCGGCGUGAAGACUACCUCGCCUGCAUCAGCCGACUGAGCAAAGCUAACAUGCUGGAUUUCAGGCUCGACGGGGGCGACUUCGAAGAGGUCGGGCUUUUCGCAGUUUGGAAGAAAGACGGUCGCCAACGUUUGGUGAUCGAUUGCAGGGGAUCUAAUUUGCAUUCUGCAGAACCUAACAAGACCAGCCUCGCCAGCGGGGCCAGCUUCAGUCGCCUGGAGCUGCAAGAGGGUGAGCAGUUGUGGACAGGGGGCGUGGACAUAGCCGACGCUUUCUACAACAUGGGUUUGCCUUGUGAACUUCGACGUUACUUUGCUCUUCCUCGAUUGCGUGCCGCUGACCUUGGCCUCAAGGUCGUCGAGGGCCGGUCCGUGUCGAGCCGAGCCUGGGUCCGCCCGUGCUUGGCGGUCUUGCCAAUGGGCUGGUCGCGCGCUCUCGACUUCUGCCAGCGGGUGCACCGCUCGAUCGUGCUGGAAAAAGGGGAGGGAGCUUUCACGGCCUACGUCGACAACUUCGUCGCCUUCGGCACGGGGCCCGAGAGGCCUGGUGAGAUGUUGGACGCAGCUCGAAAAGCCCUUGAAGGUGUGGGCCUGCCAGUGCACCCGACCGAGGCGCCCGUCACCGUUUCGGAGCAACUGGGCUGGGUCUUCGACGGCGAGCGUGGGGUCUUGCGCCCCAAGAGUCAGCGUGUCUGGAGAUUGAGGCUGGGGAUUCUGGAGCUCUUGAAGAAGGGGUACGCCACGGGUCGCCAGAUCGGAAAGGUUGCUGGACAUGAUGCUUUCAUUGCUCUCGCUCAGAGGCCGAUGCUCUCCGUCUUCAGUGCCGUGUGCAGUUUCUCCCGGAAGUACUUCUCCCGAGGGCCGGAGAUCGUCGACGACUUCGAGGGGGUGAGCACGGAGGGCGAGAGGUGGAAGGUGCAGGAGGUUUCGAGCGAGCUGUACGGGGGCAGGAGCUGGCCGUCCGUGGCGCCGCCAGCGGCCCCCUCCGGGGCGCCCGGCGCCCCCCGGCGGCUGCGGGGCAAGCGGGCGGCCGACGGGGGCGAUCCUGCUCAGUCGGCGGUGCGCCGGCCUCGCCACGUCGGGGCGGCUGCUGCCGCGGCGCGGCAGCAGGGGCGCACGGCGCCGGCGCAGCGAGCUGUUCGCGCGGCUCGCCGGCGGGCGCGGGCCGCGCCUCUGGCCACAGGGGGGACCUUUCUGCAGAGGGCCUCGGUGACGCCGAGGACGGUCGCGCAGUGCGACACGCUGUGGCAGGACAUCCUUCGGGCGUGGGCAGCGACUGCGCGCGUGACCGGCGCCACCCCAGUGCCCAGCGGCGACGACAUGGACGGCCUGCUGGCCAGCUGGAUGGACCGCGAGUACCUGGCCGGCGAGCUGUCGCAGCACGGGACCAAGGCGAUGGCGGCGGUGAAGUUCUUCCGGCCGCAGUUCAGCCGCACGGGCAGCCUCGCGCUGCCGCAGGCGGCACAGGUGGUGUCGCUGAUCGCGCUCGAGCUGGUCGCCGCGGGCUUCUGGGCGAUGGCUGCGUGGGUCGUCAUCGCGUUCCACUGCUACCUGCGGCCCAGCGAGCUGGGGCGGGUCACGCCAGAGAUGAUCGUCUCGCCCACCUCCGGGACGCACAUCGCGAGCUGGGCCAUUGCCCUACGCCCGCCCGAGGAGGAGGUGAGCAGCAAGACGAGGGAGCUCGACGAGACCGUGGUGUUCGACCUCGCGGAGUUCAGCUUCCUCCACAGCGUGCUCGCUUUCCUCACGAGGAGCGCGCCGCCAAGGCAGCCUGUCUUCGGUUUCCUGCACGCGGACCUCGUCCGCAACUUCAGGGCCGCGGCCGUGCGCGCCGGCGUCGAGUGCCUGGGCCCGGAGCUGUACAUGCUGCGGCACAGCGGCGUGGGGGUGGGCGUGGGCCUGGGCCUGGGCCUGGGCCUGGGCGUCGGCGCGGCAGUGGGCGUGGGCGUGGGCGUGGGCGUGGGCGUGGACGUAGGAGUGGGCGUGGGCGUGGGCGUGGACGCGGGCGUGGGCGUGGGCAUGGACGUGGGCGUGGUCGUGGGCGUGGGUGUGGGUGUGGGCGUGGGCGUUGGCGUGGGCGUGGGCGUGCGUGUGAGCGUGGGCGUGGCCGUGGGCUUGGGCGUGAGCGUGGGCGUGGGCGUUGGCGCUGGUGUGGGCGCGGGCGUUGGCCUGGGCGUGGGGGUGGGCGUGCGCGAGAGCGUUGGCGUCGGCGUGGGCGUAGGCGCGUGCGUGGGCCUGGGCGUGGGCGUGGGUGUGGGCGUGGGCGUGGGCGUGGGCUGCGUCGUGGGCGUGGGCGUGGGUGUGGGCGCGGGCGUGGGUGUGGGCUUGGGCGUGGGCGUGCGUGUGAGCGUGGGCGUGGGCGUGGGCGUGGGCGUGGGCGUGGGCGUGGGCGUGGGCGUGGGCGUGGGCGUGGGCGUGCGUGGCGUUGGCUUGGGCGUGGGCGUGCGUGUGAGCGUGGGCGUGGGCGUGGGCGUGGGCGUGCGUGGCGUGUGCGUGGUCGUGGGCUUGGGCGUGGCGUGGCGUGGCGUGGGCGUGGGCGUGGGUGUGGGCGCGGGCGUUGGCGUGGACGUUGGCGUGGGCGUGGGCGUGGGCGCGGGAGUGAGCGUGGGCGUGGGCGCGGACGUGGGAAGGGCGUGGGGGUGUGCGUGGGCGUGGGCGUGGGCGUGGGUGUGGUCGGUCGAGAACGCCUGGGCCGCUCGCCUUGCUACGGCUACGUCGAAGGGCAGGCUGCAGAAGGCGCAGCACAACAGCGGUCAGGUUUCACGAUCAGGCGGACUUCCAGCCCGCGGUGCUCCGUGGGCCUGGGCGGCCAACGGGGCGGAGCGCUUUCCGCGCGCGGGCGUGCGGAAGGUGUUCGGCCUCGGCGAACUGGGCAUCCCGCAUGCACUGCUAUUUGCGGGGGCGAGGCGCCGCGUCGGGCCACCGCCGAAGUCUGGCGACGAUGACACGAUCAAGCGACUGGCUGCUGUCGGGGAGCUUUUGCGCGGAGAGGCUCAAUCCCAGGCGCCCCCAUCUUCUGCGUCGCGGCCCAAGCCUGGCAGCAAGGGCAUGCCGACAGAUUUGUCAGUCAACGGUGAUGAUGGCGACCAGGCGAAACGAGGUUAG